CGGAGGUUGGCUGUAUUUCUGUUCUCAAGUGUAUAUUUCCCACUUUUUAGUCAUUCGAACCGCCGGAAAAGGGACAGCAAGAGUAGCAAUAAAACAGACUUGCUGCAGCUGGUGACGCCGUGAUAGGCUGCUUGCUUUGAGUCUGUAAAGUGGAUACCACUCCUCAUGAACUCUUCAGUGCAAGAUGAUUCAGGUGUCUUCCGGACCCUCGUCGCGCCCGUGAUAAUUCCUUAUUACAUCAUGGCUGUUCUAGCUCAAAAGUCGAGUCCUCUCCUCCUUCGGUUACCAUUAUUAUGCGUUGUUAUACUAUCAGCCUUCCGCGCUGCCAUCAACCUCGACAUGUCUAGCAAUAACAUUCGCCACCAGUAUCUCAAUCAUGGUCUCGCUCUCGCGAUGUUCGUACUUUCGAUGCGAUGUACUAUUUGGACGUUUCAAAGAACACCGUGCACUCGGGUGCAUAGGAAGAAGGCCGACCAUCCCUCUGCCAAACAGACCAAAGACGAUAUACACUCUGCUCUCUGGGACGCGUUUGAUUUGAUGGUAAAUCUUCGUGGCAUUGGGUGGAACUGGGACUCGCGACGGAAGGAACUAAGGCUUCUACAAUCGACGACAGAAAGCGCUAGUCUCUUUGCCUUCAAAGCUCUACUCCGGUUCCUUUGCCUGGCCGUAUUGUUCGACAUAAUCGUCGCAUUCAUUAACUCCCUUGCCCCACACCGCAACUUUAGUCCGGGAACGACGAUUUUUGAUGUGUCGUAUCCACCGAUGUUACGCUACCUCCGCGCGUCUCUCCUGACCAUUGUAGCUGGUUGGACGGUUGUCAUCAUAAUCGCCCUUCUAUACGAGAUGCAAACAUUCAUCAACGUGCUCUUCAUUCGCCAGGAUCCUUAUGGCCCCCGUUGUUUCACGCACCCUGGGAGUCGACAUCGCUGGCAUCGUUUUGGGGCAAAAGGUGGCAUCAGCUUUUUAGACACUUCUUCAUCGAGCUUGGUGCUCGCCCUUUGAACCACGUGCUUGGGAAGCCGUGGGGUAUCCUAGGCACAUUCUUCCUGUCUGGUGCUCUCCAUGAUGUGGGUGUGCGAGGGAUGGGACACGGCGGUGAUGCAUUGGCAAUGUAUGGCUUCUUCAUGGCCAGUUCGGUCGGCAUUAUCAUGGAGUUUGCUUGGCUACGGUUCACUGGUCGAAAGGUGGGCGGCCCAUAUGGGUGGUUGUGGACGCUUCUAUGGCUUGUUGUUCCGGGGAAUUAUGUGGUAGACGCUUGGGCACGGACAGGUUUGAUGGGCUCAGAAUUUAUUCCCGAGGAAUAUAGACCGGCCCGACUUCUCCUGAAGGUCAG